GCGGACGAAAGAAUAAAUCAUGGACCAACAUUAGUGAUUCAUGGUGGUGCAGGAGUAAUAAAUCGUACAAACUUCCCGGAAAGCAAGCAAAAAGAAUAUAUUGAUGCAUUAAAAGAGUCACUUUUAGUUGGGUAUGAAGUAUUGAGAAAAGGGGGAAGUUCUUUUGACGCCGUUGUUGCUUCCGUCAUAGUUCUGGAAGAUUGCCCGUUUUUCAACGCUGGUAAAGGAUCAGUAUUUACUAUAAGUGGCAAGGACCCUGAAAAUCCACAUGUAUUCCUUGGAGGUAUUGAAGCUGAAAAGUACGCGAAAUCGAAAGGAUUAGAAAUGGUGGAUCCGGGCUAUUUUUGGACAAAACAUAGAUGGAAGCAACAUUUAGAUGGAUUAGAAAAGAAAGAGUUGAUACCUGAAAAUUUGAGAAUGUUAAAUAAUCUCGAUAAUGGCGAUUCAAGUGAUAUUGAUCCGAAUCCGAUAGGAACAGUUGGAGCUGUUGCGGUUGAUAUAAAUGGGAUCAUUUCUACGGCCACGUCUACGGGCGGAUUCAAUAAUAAAAAAGAUGGUCGUAUCGGUGAUACACCAUUAAUAGCAUGUGGAACUUGGGCCGAUAAUGAAACAUGUGGUGUCAGUGGUACUGGAAAUGGCGAAUUUUUCAUUCGUCAUAGUGUUGCAUAUGAUGUGGCAGCGAGAAUGAAAUAUCUUGAAGAAAGUGUGCAAGAUUCGGCUUCCAACGUUAUCGAGAAUUUAUCGAAAGUUGGUGGUAGUGGUGGAGUCAUCGCAUUGGAUAAAUACGGAAAUUGUAACGCAUUCUUUAAUCAAGUUGCCAUGCCUUUCAAUACCGAAGGAAUGUUCAGAGGAUAUAUUCGCAUUUCUGAAGGUAUUCCAUAUGCUUAUAUAUUCGAAGAUAA